UCUGUAGUAUAUAAUCGUCGUCGGUGUAGAAAGAGUUGUAGAUGGUAGAUGUUUCGUUUUUCUGUUAUUGAGUAACGUUUAUGUGGUCGGUUGUGUUUCUUGUCGAUUGUGUCUAAAAUGUGCAAAUAAUGUAAAUAUUGCAUGUAAUUUAAAUAAUAUUACUUGCAACGACAUGCAAAGUAUUGUAGCUUUUAAAAUGAUUUUAAGUAGGACUGUAUUAUCUACAUUUGUUAAUAUAUAUUUUAAUUUUAAAAAGUGAGAGAUUAAUUCAUAACCUUUUUUAGUUUUAAAAAAGUAUUGCAAUCUAUGAGCUGCCGCUGGUGUAAUUCUGAUUUCCAGCAAAAUCGUUGCACAAUUCUAUUUUUAUUAUCUAAUUUACAAAAUGAGACAGUUUUUUUAAAGUUAAAAAGGUUAUGACGGAAUGGCAAGAGGAUGGCCUCAUCAUGCCAUGCUGAGAAGAGUGUCUUCAUACGCUGUAAAAACAAUUAUUCUUUUAUUUGUCAUCUCAUUUUUAUGGCUUCAGUUACGAGUUGUAAAUUUGAAGCCAGACCUUUUUAUGCCUCUUAAAAGUCAAUAUAAUGAUCCUGAAUUGACUUUUUUUGCCAAUUAUAGUGCCAUUGUGAAUUCUGUGAAUGCCACUACUCCUGCAAAUAUUAAAUUAUUACUUGAUACUAUUGAAGAAUUAAAUGCUCUUCAAGAUGUAAAUAAUGUGGAUAAAUUUGGACCUUUAAAUGAUAAUGAUGUUGUAAUUGUGAUACAAGUCCAUAAUAGGGCACAAUACCUCUAUGCACUAAUAGAGUCUAUGAAACAAGCACAAAAUAUUAACCAAACCCUCUUAGUAUUUAGUCAUGAUUUGUUUGAUCCUCACAUCAAUGCUCUUAUACAAAGGAUUGAUUUUACCAAAGUUAUACAAAUAUUUUACCCAAAUUCUAUUCAGUUGCACCCAAAUGAGUUCCCUGGUCAUGAUAUUAAUGAUUGUCCUCGAAACAUGAAGAAAGAAGAGGCUUUGAAGCGAAAUUGUAACAAUGCCAAACAUCCUGAUUUGUAUGGACAUUAUCGUGAAGCAAAAUUUACUCAAACUAAACAUCACUGGUGGUGGAAAGUUAAUCACUUGAUGGAUGGUUUGCAUAUUACUCAAAAUCAUAUAGGUCCAGUCCUAUUUCUUGAAGAAGAUCAUUAUGUAGCUCCUGAUUUUCUAUAUAUUCUAAGAAUGAUUGAAAAUCUAAAAAUAACGAAGUGCCCUCAGUGUAAUAUUCUAUGUUUAGGAACAUAUGUUAAAUCCUAUAAUUAUGCAGCCUUCAGCAGAAAGAUUGAGAUUGUAAAAUGGCUAUCUAGCAAGUACAAUAUGGGAAUGGUGAUCAAUAGGAACUUAUGGGAACAAAUAAAAAAGUGUGCCAAGGCAUUUUGUUCCUUUGAUGACUAUAACUGGGACUGGUCAUUACAGCAUGUGAGUGCUACAUGCUUACCCUCCCCAUUAACUGCUAUGGUAGCCAUUGCUCCUCGUGUUUUUCAUAUUGGAGAGUGCGGAGUUCAUCACAGAGGAAAAGAUUGUAGCAGUGAUCGUGUUGUACACAAAGUUAUGAAAGUGCUAAGUUCUUCCAGCUCCUAUCUUUUCCCAGAAACACUCACAGUUCACCAAAGUUUUAGGAAACCAUUCAAAGCACCAAAGGGAAAUGGAGGUUGGGGAGACGUACGUGACCAUGCUCUUUGUUGCAGUCAGGUUAAAAACUUCAGCUUUUAUUGUUGAUCUAUGCAACUUCAUCUAGUCUAUGUGCAAUCAUUCCUUCACUAUUGUAUAUUUCUUAUACUCAUAUCCAAAUUGCAUUGGUGAUAAAUGCAUUUCUGGAUAUAAAAAUAAAGAUUUUCUAUGUAUUCUAUUAAAA